CCAUCUUGUUUAGAAGCCUGACGUCGUCUUCCCACAGCUCCUUCAUCCAGCAAUGGCGCCCCAGAACGUGUUCUCGAUGUUCCGUCAGUCUCAGGUGCAGGAGUUCAAGGAAGCCUUCACCCUCAUCGACGUCAACAGAGACGGCGUCAUCGAAAUAGACGACCUGAAGAGCAUCUACGGCAACCUGGGCAAAGUGCCCGCCGACUCCGAGCUGAAGGAGAUGCUGAAGGAGGCCAAGGGGCCCCUGAACUUCACCACCUUCCUCAACCUGUUCGGGGAGAAGAUGGGAGGGACGGACGGCGAGGAGACCAUCCGUAGCGCCUUCGCCAUGUUUGACGAGGAGGGCAAGGGCGUGCUGCCCGAGGAGUACAUCAAGGAUCUCCUGGAGAACAUGGGAGAUAACUUCACGAAGGAGGAGAUCAAACAGACGUGGAAGGAGGCCCCUAUUUCCAAGGGCAUGUUCAACUACGUGGCCUUCACCGCCAAGGUCAAGGGCAAACAGGAUGAAGAGGAAAUGGCCAAGGCUUAAACGACUGAUGUACGCUCCAGUGAAGGACAUUACUUGAUAUGUGUUUUAUUUAUUUAUGACUGAUUGUCUCCAGACAUCGCCCUGGGCAGUCAGGAUGACGAAGACAUGGCCAAGGCUUAACUUAACUAACUAUAUUUCUGCACAGUGACGUGCACAUGACAAUACAUGAUUAAGGACAAUUCUGUGUUUCGUCAUCCAUUUGGGCGUCGUCAUGUUCAUUGUACUAUACUUGUGUUAUCUCAAGGCGAGGCGCAAACAAAACUCCAACAAGUCAAAAAGUUUCAGAAGUAUUUCAAAACGUUUGAGAACACAACAACAAUGCCUGAAGUCUCAGUUAUAUGAUAUUUUGGCAUUGGUAUGUUUGUCUUGAAAACGUUGGCUGUUAUGCGAACCCUUUUCCAGUUAUUCACAUGUGAAUAGGUCUGCCUCUCCAUCUUCAUGCACCGUGUUGUAUUCACGAUCGUGAAUGUCAUAUGUAAGCUCUUGUCUUCAAUGAGCUGAAUAAAUAUCAACAGCGACAAUGCUUUGUUUCCAUUCUUGUUCCAUUACUGAUUUAUAGAAGAGCUAUCCACAGACUUCGCACUACACCGUCACCUCGUUAAUCCGGACGGUGUCAUUCACAGAAUCAUCACCCGGAUAACGAGAGCUGGGUGAAGGGUAAUGCACCUUAUAAGGAGAGAGGGUGUAGACUGGUGAAUGUUGCUGACAUUAUUCCUCGGUAGGUUCGGUGCAAGGAAGAGGUAGACAGCAAACUGUACUGGGGAGAAAGAAAAAGGCUUGCUAAUAUUAUUUAUGAAAAAUUUACUUAUUACACUCAGAGUUGUCCCCCAUGCCCUGGAGUGUAUAUCAGGGAACGCAUGUGACGGCUUUAAGUCUCUGUAGACGUCAUCAUUUCCGCAUCCCUAGGGCAGCGUCUGACCAGGGGUCACAGUAAAGC